AUGCAGUACGUUCAGCUUACAAUCGAGCUCAUCACCAAGGCCUUCGAGACAUUUUCUUCUAAGAAGGGAGUGGAGUUUACCAAGAAAGAUGCAAAUAAGAUCUUUAAGGCGCUUGAUGAGGAUGAGGGAGUAGAGAGAUACUACUUUUGUGGUGCAAAGUGCACCAAGUCCAAGCGCAAAUGCAUGAAGGAAGUUGAUGAUGAAGGCAUGCAUUGUUAUGUCCACGAUCCUGCGCGCAAGUGUCAAGGCACAACCAUUAAGGGCGCUAAUUGUGGUAGUGUAGCCAAACUUGGUGAAACUUACUGUGGACGUCAUCGAGAGCAGCAUAAAGGUCAUAUGAAAAGCAGUAACAAUAAGGCACCUGCCAACAAGCGUACCAAGUCUUCCAAGAUAACCAAGAAGACACAUACUCCUGAGUUUGUCCCUUCAGAUGAUGAUAUGACUUCCGAGGAUGAAGAACCAAAGAAGCGAAAGAGAAACAAGCAGGAGUCAUCGGAUGAGGAGCCGUCCGAUGAUGAUGAAGAAGAUAUAAUUGCCGUCUCCUUUCCGUUGAGUCCAAAGAUGGGACUCCAAGAGGCAACUCCUGCUGAUGUAGAAAAAAUAGAAGAGUCUUCUGCUGAUGAGAAUUCUGACGAUGAUACAGAUGAUGGUGAUACGUCUGAUGAUGCUGGCUCUGACGAUGAUUCCCCUGAUGAUAAAGACUCUGAUGAUGGCAAGUCCAAUAACAGACCUGAUGUAGAAUCUGGAGAUGAUACCUCUAAGGAUAACCCUGAUGAAAAACUAUCUCAUAAAAAAUCAGAGAAAGACAUAGCACGUGCGAAGGACAGAGGAUGGAUGAUUCAUCCUAAUAACGACAUGCUUGAGUAUGCAACUAAGUUUACGAUGAAUGGCAAGUACAUUGUCAGGCUAUCUGGAAAGAAUACAUACGUUGGCCUGUUUACGCUUGAUGCUCUGCGCGGUGUCGGUGAUGUUCCAGAGUUGGAUAUCUUGGAACGCUCCAUGCUUAGCAAGAUGAAACUUCAACCAUUGUCUGAUGAAGAGAGAAAGACGCUUUUCAACGAGGAGAUCGAAGUAGAAGAAGAAGUACCAGUAGAAGGACCAACAGAUAAAUCCAAGGUGAUAUGGAAAAAACUUAACAAGUACUUGGAAUAUUCCGAGAAUGUACUUGUAAAUGGAAUGCACAUUCUCAAGAUGCGCAAAAAAGACACUGUAAUCGGCUUGAUGACUGAUGACCAUAUUGCUGCAGAGAAUGUAGAGUGUCAUUCUCUUAGCCAGAAGGAAAAAGAGAAGUUGUUUGCUAUGGGAUUUAAACCGCAUGAGCAUAAGCAAAGCUUGCCACAGAAAGAUGAGAGCACAUGUGAGGAUGAUAAAGAUGCUGAGGGCGAUAAAGAUGCUGAGGAUGACAAAGAUGCGGUGGGUGAUAAAGAUGCUGAAGAUGACAAAGAUGUUGAGGGUGAUAACGAUGCUGAGGAUGACAAAGAUGCUGAGGGUGAUAACGAUGCUGAAGAUGAUAAAGAUGCUGAGGAUGAUAAAGAUGCUGAGGAUGUUAUGUGGAAAAGUCGAGACAAAUUUACCAACAACAAACAAAAGCAGAAGUUAAUUGCCAUGGGGUUCACGAUCGAGGAAUUGCCUAAAUUGUACUCUCCAGAUGUAAAGUUUUGGUAG